ACAGCUCGGUUCUCGCUCCGCAAGCAGAAGAAAAAAGUUGCGAGGAAGAAAUACAACGGAUAUUUUGUAGCCGUGAGAAGAGAGAGAGAGAGAGAGAGAGGGACAGGUCGCUAAUUGAUGAUAUAAGCCUCUUGCUUCUCUUCUCAUCUCUCUCAAUUCGCUUGCUUUGGAUCCAUUAAGAAGCUUCCACUUGCUAUCCGAAUGACCUUCUCUGUCUUUCUCCUAGCCUAAUACCCCAAACUGUUCCAUUGACGGAGAUAUAGCGAGUUCUUCCUUUUUCUCGUUCGUUUUUGUGGUUGUUUCGGCGUUUCCGUUUUAGCCUUUGCCUCUUUUUUUUCUUCCUAUGAUAGUUUGACACAGCUUCUUAGUUUUUGUUUCUCUCUCUUCUCUAUUUUGGUUUUUUAUUCUCAGCUCUUAUAAAGAAGAGGAAGAAGAGGGGUUUUUUUUCUUGUAUUCUAUCAAUAUCUUCUUAACAAAGGCUUAAAAAAGCGAUCUUUGACUGUUUCCGAUGUUGAUGUCCGGAGUAGCCGAAGAGGUUUCCUCGUCGGCGACAUCUUCCCCUCUCCUCAGCUUCAUGUCGAUCUCACCGACGGCGCUGGGCUCGCCGUACUCGCCAUGGCUACGCGAGCUCAAGUCCGACGAGCGCGGCCUUUUCCUCAUCCAUCUGCUCCUCAACUGCGCCAAUCAUGUCGCCGCCGGUAAUCUCGAUCAAGCCAACGCCUUUCUUGAACAUAUCUCUCUCCUCGCCUCUCCUGAAGGCGAUACCAUGCAGCGCAUCGCCUCUUAUUUCACCGAAGCUCUUGCGCGCCGCCUCCUCCGCUCAUGGCCUGGCCUUUACCGCGCCUUGAAUCCGGUUGCCGCAGACUCCUCCGCCACAGCCGCCGCCCGCCGCCUCUUUGUUGAUCUCUGUCCCUUCCUUCGUCUCUCCUUCCUCGUUUCAAACCAGGCUAUUCUGGAAGCAAUGGAAGGGGAAAAGAUGGUCCACAUCGUCGAUCUUGGGGGAUCCGAUCCGGCCCAAUGGCUUGCUUUGCUUCAAGGUCUCGCCAGCAGGCCGGAAGGCCCGCCGCAUCUCCGGGUCACCGCUGUCGGCGAGCACAAGGAGCUUCACCUGCACACAGCCUCAGUUCUAUCAAAAGAAGCAGAGAAACUCGACAUCCCAUUUCAAUUCAACGCGGUGGUUUCCAAACUCGACUCUCUCAACGUCGAGAGCCUACGUGUCAAAACAGGGGAAGCACUCGCCAUUAACUCUGUUCUCCAACUCCAUUCCCUCCUCGCCUCAGACGACAUCGCCGCCGCCCGAAAGCUCUUCCCUUUCAAGUCCGCCGGCACGCUGGGAGAACUAUUGGACAAAGACCAAGGCUCAGAUUCCUCUUCCUCGCCUUUCAACCUCACCCCCUCUGCCAAAAUGGAGACCUUUCUAGCCUCUUUAUGGAGCCUCUCUCCAAAAAUCAUGGUGGUAACAGAGCAGGAAUCCAACCACAAUGGAUCGACUUUGAACGAGCGAUUCGUGGAAGCGCUGAACUUCUACGCAGCGUUGUUCGACUGCCUAGAAUCAACGCUGCCAAGACAGUCAUUGGAGAGGUUGAGCGUGGAAAAGAAGCUCUUUGGGGAGGAGAUAAAGAACAUAAUGGCUUGUGAAGGGUUGGAGAGGAAGGAGAGGCAUGAAAAGCUUGAAAGGUGGAUGAUGAGGUUGGAAAUGGCUGGAUUCGGGAGAAUGCCGUUGAGUUACUACGGGAUGUUGCAGGCAAGAAGGAUGUUACAGGGCUUCGGUUGCGAUGGUUAUAGAGUGAAGGAGGAGAACGGCUGCUUUCUGUUUUGUUGGCAGGAUAGAGCUCUGUUCUCUGUGUCGGCUUGGAAUUUUAGGAGGGUUGAUUGAGUUUAUAUUUUUAGUAUUUGGGUUAGUAUUAUUUUUUUUUUGUUUUGCCUUUUAUUCCUAACAUUUUAUGUGUAGAGAUUUACUGUUCUGUGUGCGGAGAAAUUAUUCUGUGUGGACACCGGAUGGGAAGAACUAUCCUGUCAUAUGUGUGUGCUAAAUAUGUACACUCACAUGAUCGGACGGUUCUUCAUGUUCGGUGUCCGCACAAACUAAUUUCUCUUGUGUGGGGAAGGUUAAUAUUUUGGAAAGAAAGCUAAUGGAAUGUGAUAAGGAUUGAAGUCUAUAUAGUUCAUUUCUUUGUUGUUUUUGAGUGACCUGUGGAACUAGGAUAUGAGGGUUAGAAGAGGCUUAGAGGAGAUUAAGUGUGUAACUGAGUUGAGCUAGCUCUGAUUCGGCUCAGUUAAUAGCUCAUGAGAUGAGCUCGAUGGGUCAAUUUGUGCUAGGUCUGACUUGACUCAUUAGCUCGGGAGCCGACUUGUUUAAAUAAUAUUGAUAUGAAAUGCACUUAGAAUAUAUAUUAAUUGAAGAAUUCAAGUACUAC